AUGUACAUUACUACUGGAAAAGUAGAAUGCUUAAAAUGUGGAGAAGGAAACCCAAUUGAGGGAGAUUGCCCAGAACGACCAAUUGUUCUUAAUUGCACUAAGUAUUCAACAGCUGGGAAUUGUGUUGAAUGUAAAGAAGGAUAUUACUUAAAAGGUCAAACACUGAAAUCUCAAAAUUGUUUUCCAUGUAAUAUCCAUUGUAAAAAAUGUAGUUCAGAUAGUAAAUGCUUAUUAUGUGAAGAUGGAUAUAAAGUUGGGUUAUCAAAUUAUUGUGAAUUAGUUUCAUCAGAGGUAUGUCCAAAUUAUAUUAUGGGAAUGUGCAGAAAGUGUCAAGAUGGAAAAUAUAGUUCGGAUGAACAAAGUUGUAAUAAGUAUUGUUCAGAACUCCAUUCAGGGUGUGGAGUAUGUAGCACAAAUAAUGGAGAGUGUUCAGUUUGUGAUAUUAAUGAUGGAUAUAUGUUGUCUUCAGGACAGUGUGUUAAACAAUCAAGUGCCUCUAUUGUAUCACCAAAUGGUGUAGUUCAAUGUAAUGAUGGAUGGUUUAAUGAUGAUGGAACAUGCAAAGAAUGUUCCAAAAAUUUUGGUUCAGAAUGUACAAAAUGCACAGCAACAGAAUGUCUUAGUUGUAGUAAUUCAUAUAUUAUCAAUUCGAAUGGAAUUUGUAUUGAUAAAACAGAUUGUUCAUUAGAAAAAGAUUCAACUUGUUAUAAAUGUGUUUCUGGGAAAUAUUUUGAUGGUUCUAGUUGUGUUAAUUGUCCAUUAAAAUGUACAGAAUGUUAUAGUUCAACAAAUUGUAUUACAUGUGAGAAUGAUAGUUAUCUUGUAGAUGGAUUAUGUACUCAACAAAACCAGAAAAUCAUGUAUGAUAUCUGA